AUGGCUGAUCCAUCCAUGUAUCACACAAUAGGGGGUCAAGACCCCUCGAAUUCGCACUCGCAAUUCUCCCCUCAACAGCCCUACCCCCCGGGCGCUGCACCCCAGCAACCAAUUUCUCCUGGUGCCGCUCCUCAGCAAUCAGGAGCUCCCUACGGUAAUCCGGCACCCGGUCAGUGGUCUGCGUACGGCUCCCCUCAGCAACAGCCCGGACCCACGGAAGCAUACAAUGCACAGCAAGCUCCCAUGGGGGCAGGAGACCCGAACAUGGCGGGGUUGGCUUCACAAAUGAGUGGCCUGGGAAUUGCGCCAGACGCUGGAGCUAGGACACAUCGGAAGAAGCAUCGCCAUGCCUAUCAUGAUAUCGGAACCGGGAGUGCUGCUCCUGCUAGUGGGAUGCCUGUGGCAGGCGCGCCGCAGCAGGAAACUCGAUUCCUUAGCACCGGCUUCAAUCAGGAUGCAAGACCGGUGUCGCCCUUGGCUGCACUCCAGACAGGGCGGUCCGCGCAACCGGGAAUGGGUUCGCAACCUGGCAUGGCCGGUGGUGCGGAUUCCGUCGCUACACAAGGUCGAAUUGACCCCGAACAGAUCCCAAGCAUCCCCCGAUCACGCGACGUGCCCGCUCAGUACUAUUUCAACCAUGUUUACCCUACUAUGGAUCGACAUUUGCCUCCGCCAUCGUCGAUUCCGUUUGUCGCCCACGACCAGGGCAACUCCUCGCCGAAAUACGCUCGUCUGACACUCAACAAUAUCCCCUCGACCUCCGACUUCCUCUCCUCUACGGGAUUACCUCUGGGCAUGAUCUUGCAACCACUCGCGCCUCUGGAUGCUGGCGAACAACCCAUUCCUGUGCUGGAUUUCGGAGAUGUGGGCCCCCCCGAGAUCAAGUUUGUCUGUAAUAUGUGCACGUUCCCCAACGACACGACACCCGAAUAUUUUGCGCCUCUCGAUCCAUCCGGCGCGCGCGUUGACCGUAUGCAGCGGCCGGAAUUGAUGAUGGGUACAGUGGAAUUCUUGGUGCCGAAGGAAUAUUGGAACAAGGAGCCCGUUGGUCUACAGACCCUCUUUUUGAUCGAUGUUAGCCGGGAAUCGGUUCACCGAGGCUUCUUGAAGGGGGUUUGCGAGGGUAUCGCGGAGGCCCUGUAUGGCGAGGACGGGGCAGCAGAUGGAACCGAGGGCGAUGAAAACAAAGCACGCAAAAUCCCUGCGGGUUCAAAGAUCGGUAUUGUCACAUUUGAUAAAGAAGUGCAGUUCUACAAUCUUACUGCGACACUGGAUCAGGCUCAGAUGAUGGUCAUGACGGAUCUAGAAGAGCCCUUUGUACCGUUGAGCGAGGGUUUGUUUGUUGAUCCCUACGAAUCCAAGUCUGUUAUCACUUCACUGUUGCGUCGGAUACCCACUAUUUUCCAACAUAUCAAAAACCCCGACCCGGCUUUGCUGCCCGCACUUAACGCUGCUCUUGCGUCGCUGCAGCCGACUGGCGGUAAAGUUGUCUGCUCAGUGGCAAGCUUGCCUACCUGGGGGCCUGGACAGCUUUCGGUGCGGGAGGAUCCCAAGGUCCACGGCACCGAUGCGGAACGCAAGUUGUUCACCCCAGACAAUCCGGCCUGGAAAAAGACCGCGACCAAGUUCGCCGAGUCGGGAGUGGGUGUGGAUCUCUUCAUUGCCGCUCCCGGUGGCACAUACAUGGAUGUGGCGACCAUCGGACAUGUCUCUGGCCUUACCGGCGGCGAGACCUUUUUCUAUCCCAACUUCCACGCUCCACGCGAUCUUCUGAAGGUUCAGCGGGAGAUAGCACAUGCUGUGCAACGAGACACUGGUUACCAGGCAUUGAUGAAAGUGCGAUGCUCAAAUGGUCUCCAGGUGUCUUCAUACCACGGCAACUUCGUGCAGCAUACUCUUGGCGCAGACCUCGAGAUCGCGAGUGUCGACGCGGACAAGGCUAUCGGAGUCAUCUUUAGCUACGACGGAAAGCUCGACCCCAAGCUUGAUGCACACUUCCAGGCUGCAUUGCUCUAUACUUCGGCUGAUGGUCAGCGCCGGGUGCGCUGUAUCAAUGUAGUGGCCGCUGUUAAUGACGGCGCCAUGGAGACAAUGAAAUUCGUGGAUCAGGAUGCCGUCGUAUCGGUCAUCGCCAAGGAAGCUGCUUCCAAGACUCUCGAUAAGAACCUCAAGGAUAUCCGCGCCAACAUCUCUGAGAAGACAGUUGAUAUCUUCAGCGGAUACCGCAAGAUCUUUUCUGGCUCACACCCACCUGGCCAGCUGGUCUUGCCGGAGAACUUGAAAGAAUUCUCCAUGUACAUGCUCAGCUUGGUCAAGUCAAGGGCAUUCAAGGGUGGCAACGAGGCGUCAGAUCGCCGGACUCAUGACAUGCGCAUGAUACGAGCCUUCGGCUGCACUGAGCUAUCCCUCUAUCUCUACCCUCGUAUUAUUCCCAUCCACAACAUGAACCCAGAGGAUGGAUUCCCCAACGAGCACGGACAACUCCAAGUCCCACCAGCACUGCGGGCCAGUUUCUCCAAAAUUGAGGAAGGCGGUGUCUAUCUUGUGGACAAUGGCCAGGCCGUUUUACUGUGGCUGCAUGCGCAAGUCUCACCAAACCUUCUGGAGGACUUGUUUGGCCCCGGUCAAAACUCGCUGCAGGAACUGAGUCCCAACCUCUCGGCUCUGCCGGUGCUGGAGACACAUCUCAACGCCCAAGUGCGGAACUUGCUGCAAUGCUUCUCAACCGUGCGCGGAUCUAAAGCGGUCACGAUCCAGCUGGCACGACAGGGACUGGAUGGGGCGGAGUAUGAAUUUGCACGAUUGUUAAUGGAAGACCGGAACAACGAAGCCCAAAGCUACGUGGACUGGUUGGUACACAUCCACCGGCAGAUCAACCUCGAGCUUGCCGGUCACCGCAAGAAGGAGGAAACCACGGGUGAGAGUACAUUGGCUACUUUGUCGGCUAUGCGGGCGCCGUAUUGGUAA